AUGGCCCGCAAGGGCUACUGCCUCCUCCUCAUCAGCCGUACCGCCCAGAAGCUCGACAAGGUCAAGGCGGAAAUCGUCGCCGAGUGUCCGAACUGCCCGGCUGUGAAGACGAUGGCCGUCGACUUUACCCUCGACUCGAUCUACAAAACCAUCGCCGAGGAGAUCAACGCCCUCAACGGCCACGUCCACGUCCUCAUCAACAACGUCGGCAUGGCGUACAAGUACCCGGAGUACUUCACGAAGAUCCCCAAUUCGGACAAGUUCAUCAGCGACAUUCUCAACUGCAACAUCCUCUCGGUGACCCGUAUGACGCACAUUGUCCUGCCGUUGAUGGAGAAGCGCCGCUCGGGCAUCGUCAUCAACAUCAGCUCCUACUCGGCCCUCUUUCCCACGCCCUUGCUGGCGAUGUACAGCGCCAGCAAGAUCUACAUGGACUACCUUUCGCGGGCGCUGCACGCCGAGUACAAAGACCGCGGCAUCAUCGUCCAGUCAGUCCUGCCCUACUACGUCAGCACGAACAUGAUCCGCAACCCGGGCAUCAGCUUCAUGAUUCCCAGCCCGGACCAGUUUGUCAGCUCCGCCCUGAAGACGGUNCUCCCGGGCGCUGCACGCUGA